CGGGCGACCACAGAGAUGCGGCUCUCACCGGCCCUGGGCUGGAAGCUCCCGACGGACAAUGUGAAUGCUGCCGCCUACACUGGAAAGCUGAUGCCCAGAAAAGCGAGGCUACUGCAUCUGUUCGAGACCACACGUUGACUUAUCAGCAUUUAAGAGGCCUCAACACACAAGUUGAUGAUGAUGACAGACCCCCUAUUGGAAUCCCAGCCAGCCAAUGGCACUGGAGAGACGGAUGGACUGUGCCCUGAGCUAUUGCUGAUUCCUCCACCUCUCUCAAAUGGUGGAAUCCUGGGUCCUGUCCAGAAUACCUGUGCUUCUGUGGACCCUACACCUUUGCCUGCUGACCCAGGCUGCCUGCUAGUAGAGGCAACAGCUACUGAAGAGGGCCCAGGGAAUAUGGAGAUCAUUGUGGAAGCAGUAGCUGGAACCCUGUCCCCAGGAGCUCCUGGAGAGACCUCAGGUGUCCUGGUAAAGGUGGUGGAGGUAUACUUCUGUGAGCGCUGUGAACAGAGCUUUGCAGAGCCCACUCUGCUGUCCCUGCACCAAUGCACUGAGACCCCCACACAGACUGUGCAGGACCUGUCUAGCCCCCAAUGUUCUGUAGAGCUGCCCCCCAGCAACUUCGCCCUCCAUGGCCCUCUGCAGGACCCCAACCUACCAGAUAGUCCCCUGCUAUGUCCUGUGUGUAGACAAGAGUUUGUCCGACCCCAGGCCCUGAAGAGCCACUUCAAGAUUCAUCGGGCUACUCCCAACACAUUUUCCUGUCCAGAGUCUGGCUGUGUGUUCUCUGCUGAAGAUCGCAAGGGUCUGCAGCAUCACCUGAGACAGACCCACAAAGCAGUUCCUGUGCCCUGUUCAUUCCGGGGCUGCUCCCUGCUUUUCGGGAGCCAGCAGGGAAUGGAGCUGCAUCGGCAAGCCCAUUACCCUUUCCACUGCAGCCAUUGCAGUUUCAUGGGCUCCAACAUCAAACUCUUCCGGCAGCAUCAGCGGAGCCAUGGAGCCAGAACACAGGGAGAACUUUCUGCUGUUCAGGGUCUUCAAUCCCAGGAGCUGUUGCCAGCACCCAAACUGCCUCAAGGAGAGGGAGAACCUUCUGAGGAAGCAGGUACACCUUUGCCUGGGCAAGAGUCAGCUGAAGAAGAGGAUGCAGAGGAAGAGGAGAGUGGUGCUCAGAAGGAUACCCAGAAAGCCUUGGAUAAAGGCCAAAGGGCUCAGCAGUUAGACGGGAAUAUGGCUUCUGGCACUGAGUCCCUCUUCAAGACACACAUGUGCCCAGAGUGUAAGCGCUGCUUUAAGAAGCGAACCCAUCUGGUAGAACACCUACAUCUUCACUUUCCAGACCCAAGCCUCCAGUGCCCCAACUGCCAAAAGUUCUUCACUAGCAAGAGCAAACUCAAGACCCAUCUGCUGCGGGAGCUGGGUGAGAAGGCCCACCGCUGCCCCCUUUGCCACUACAGUGCAGUGGAAAGGAAUGCACUCAAUCGCCACAUGGCCAGCAUGCAUGAGGACAUUUCCAACUUUUACUCAGACACUUAUGCCUGUCCUGUCUGCCGUGAGGAGUUCCGCCUCAGCCAAGCGCUCAAGGAGCAUCUCAAGAGCCACACAGCAGCAGCUGCAGCAGAGCCAUUGCCCCUACACUGCUUUCAGGAGGGCUGCGGCUAUGUAGCCCCUGACCGGAAGGCCUUUAUAAAGCACCUAAAGGAGACCCAUGGAGUGCGAGCUGUGGAGUGCCGCCAUCACUCAUGUCCCAUGCUCUUUGCCACAGCUGAAGCCAUGGAGGCCCACCACAAGAGCCACUAUGCCUUCCACUGCCCCCACUGUGACUUUGCCUGCUCCAACAAGCACUUGUUUCGUAAACAUAAGAAGCAAGGCCACCCAGGCAGUGAAGAGCUGCGGUGCACCUUCUGCCCCUUUGCCACAUUCAACCCAGUAGCCUACCAGGACCAUGUAGGCAAGAUGCAUGCUCAUGAAAAGAUCCACCAGUGUUCUGAGUGCAACUUUGCCACUGCCCACAAGAGGGUGCUGAUCCGACAUAUGCUGCUGCAUACCGGCGAGAAACCUCACAAGUGUGAGCUAUGUGACUUCACAUGCCGAGAUGUGAGCUACCUUUCCAAGCACAUGCUGACCCACUCCAACACCAAGGAUUACAUGUGUACUGAAUGUGGCUAUAUCACCAAGUGGAAGCACUACCUAAGUGUGCACAUGCGAAAACACGCAGGGGACCUCAGAUACCAGUGCAACCAGUGCUCCUAUCGCUGCCAUCGGGCUGAUCAGCUGAGCAGCCACAAACUGCGGCACCAAGGCAAGUCGCUGAUGUGUGAGGUGUGUGCCUUUGCCUGCAAGCGGAAGUAUGAGCUGCAGAAGCACAUGGCUUCCCAGCACCACCCUGGCACACCUGCCCCACUCUACCCCUGCCGCUACUGCAGCUAUCAGAGUCGCCACAAGCAGGCCCUGUUGAGCCAUGAGAACUGCAAGCACACCCAUCUCCGUGAGUUUCACUGUGCCCUCUGUGACUACCGCACCUUCAGCAACACCACGCUCUUCUUCCAUAAGCGAAAGGCCCACGGCUACAUGCCAGGGGACCAGGUUUGGCAGUUCCGCAAUACCAGCCAAGAGCCAGUGGGGGCCAGGGAGGGCCUGGCACCUCCAUCAGUCUCCGAGCCUUCAAGCCAGCUUUCAGCUCAGCCUGAGGGGCAAGACCAUGAACACAGGAUUAUGAUGGAUCCCAGCUUGGACCAGGCUCUUCCAGAGUCAAGUGAUGAGGUCAGCACCAGAAGACAGGGUGGCAGUGAGGCUCCCCGUGGGGAUGAUCUGGUUGGCAGCCCUAGCCCUGUGGAGGUGGAGGAGGGUAGCUGCACACUACACUUAGAGGCCCUGGGAGUAGAGCUAGAACCUGUGGCUGAGCCACCCCUUGAGGAGCUCACUGAAACAGCCCCUGUGGAGUUCAGGCCUCUUGGUCCCUCAGGACCACUAGGACUUGAGGAUCCAGAUGGACUAGAAGAACCAGAACUGCCGAACUUUGAAGGUGUUGGGACUCCUGGUUUGGGUGCUGAAGAAGAGCCCAUUCUGGAGAAGCCAGUCUCUGAGCCCCCCAGGACUCCUCCAUCCUCAGAGGAGGCUCCUAACACCUUUAAGGUAACUCUAUCUGCUGAGACUGCACCCUUGCCUCAGUUUCCUGAGUCAGAGUCAUUACUUAAGGCCCUAAGGAGGCAGGACAAAGAACAAGCAGAGGCACUGGUGCUGGAGGGGCGGGUACAAAUGGUAGUGAUACAGGGAGAGGGGCGAGCCUUCCGCUGCCCACACUGUCCUUUUAUCACUCGCCGGGAGAAAGCCCUGAAUCUGCAUUCCAAAUCAGGGUGCCAGGGCCGCCGAGAGCCUCUGCUGUGCCCUGAGUGUGGAGCUAGCUUUAAGCAACAACGUGGCCUCAGCACCCAUCUGCUGAAGAAAUGCCCUGUUCUGCUCAGAAAGAACAAGGGCUUGCCCAGAUCAGUUUCUCUCAGUCCUCUAUGCUCUCAGCUCCCAGGUAGCCAAGCCUCACAGGAUGCUGAAAGUGGGAAGCCCCCACCUGCACCAUCAAAGGUAAAGCUGCUUCCAAAAGAUAAUCCUCCUGAGCUCCCCAGGGAGCUAGGAGUAGAGGAGCCUCUUGCCACACCCUCCGACUCCCCAGCCCCUCCUGCAGGAAACUCCUCACCCACAGGGACCCCUGAGAAGUUCCACUUUGAGCAAGGCAAGUUUCACUGCAACUCCUGCACCUUCCUUUGUUCUCGGCUCUCCUCUAUUACUUCUCAUGUGACUGAAGGCUGCAGAGGGGGACAUGGCCAGGGAGGAAAGCGAAGGCUCACCCGGACCCAGCCUCUUGUAUCUCCCCUAAGCAUUGGAGACUCUGCUACCCUGAAUAGUGGGAAUACAGAGUCCAGCCCUGGUGAUAGGGAUACAGCUGUAACUCAGAAGCAGAAGGGUACUCUCUUUUCUUGCCCCAUGUGCCCCUUUAGCUGCCAGCAGGAACAGGCCCUGAGGAGUCACCAGACCCAAGGCUGUCCCCUUGGAGAGUCUGGAGGACUGCACUGUGGCCUCUGCCCAUUUACUGCUCCAGCUGCUGCUGCCCUGAGGCUCCAUCAGAAGCGGAGGCACCCCAUUACAGUCCCAGUCCCUGGCCCCAGGCCCCUUUUGCAGUGUGGGGACUGUGGCUUUACUUGCAAACAAAGCCGGUGCCUCCAGCAGCAUCAGCGGCUCAAGCAUGAGGGAGUAAAGCCACAUCAGUGCCCUUUCUGUGACUUUUCUACCACUAGACGGUACAGGUUAGAGGCCCACCAGUCCCGACACACAGGUGUUGGCCGCAUCCCUUGUAGCUCCUGCCCCCAGACAUUUGGUACUAACUCAAAACUGCGCUUGCACCAGCUUCGGGUACAUGAUAAAACACCCACUCAUUUCUGUCCGCUGUGUGACUAUAGUGGUUAUCUUCGUCAUGACAUUACUCGCCAUGUCAACAGCUGCCACCAAGGCACCCCGUCCUUUUCCUGCUCUCAGUGUGAGGCCCAGUUCAGCUCAGAAACAGCACUUAAGCAGCAUGCUCUGCGUCGACACCCUGAGCCCACACACCCUUCCCCUGGCUCUCCUGUAGAGGCCACUGAAGGCCCCUUGCACUGCUCCCACUGUGGCCUGCUAUGCCCCAGCCUUGCCAGCCUGCAGGGACACACCCGUAAACAGCACCCACGGCUGGAGUGUGGGGCCUGCCAGGAGGCCUUCCCUAGCCGGCCAGCACUGGAUGAACACCGGAGGCAGCAGCAUUUCAGCCACCGUUGCCAGCUCUGCAACUUUGCUGCCCGUGAGCGAGUGGGCCUGGUGAAGCAUUACCUGGAAUAUCACGAGGAGACUUCAGCAGCACCCUCUGAUGGGGAUAGAGAUGCUGGACAGCCUUCUCUAUGCUGCCCUUUUUGUGACUUUGCAUGUCGCCAUCAGUUAGUGCUGGAUCACCAUGUGAAGGGACAUGGGGGCACCCGACUUUACAAGUGUACCGACUGUGCUUAUAGCACCAAGAACCGGCAGAAGAUCACCUGGCACAGUCGCAUUCAUACUGGGGAAAAGCCUUACCGCUGUCACCUCUGCUCCUAUGCCUGUGCUGACCCCUCUCGUCUCAAGUACCACAUGCGAAUCCACAAGGAGGAACGGAAGUACCUGUGCCCUGAAUGUGGAUAUAAGUGUAAGUGGAUCAACCAACUCAAGUAUCAUAUGACCAAGCACACAGGACUGAAGCCAUACCAGUGCCCUGAGUGUGAGUACUGCACCAACCGGGCUGAUGCAUUACGUGUGCACCGGGAGACACGGCACCGAGACGCACGGACCUUCAUGUGUGAGCAGUGUGGCAAGGCCUUCAAGACACGCUUCCUACUGCGCACCCACCUGCGCAAGCACAGUGAAGCCAAGCCCUAUGUUUGCAAUGUUUGCCACCGUGCUUUCCGCUGGGCUGCCGGCCUGCGCCAUCAUGCUCUCACCCACACUGACUGCCACCCAUUCUUCUGCCGCCUCUGUAGUUACAAGGCCAAGCAGAAGUUCCAGGUGGUCAGGCAUGUGCGCAGGCACCACCCUGACCAGACUGACCCCAACCAGAGUGUGGGCAAAGACCCCACCACCCCCACAGUACAUCUGCAUGAUGUAAAACUGGAGGAUCCUAGCCCUCCUGCUCUUCCUGCUCCCCCUACUGGACCUGAGGGCUGAGCGCUUACCCGACCUCUUACACAGGAAGAAGAUACAGAUGUGCAAACUGGGACUGGAGCUAGCCUUAGGAGUUCAGGGUCUAAGGGAGGACUGGCUUUGGGAUGUCAGUGUGACCAAAACCCCCUUAGGAUUCUGACUAUGGUUCUUUUAAAUUAACAGCUCUAUAAAAGAUAGACAUGGACCUAA